ACCCUUUUCCCCCAAACCAACUACACCUUUAACUAACACCUCUGCACUACCAGCAACCACAAUGUUGAUAGCCUCGAUCCCAGGGCUAGGUUGUGUACCCUAAAAGAAAUUAUCCCCAAUGGAGCUCCAACGCAAAUGUGACCUCAAUAGUUGCUUCAAUUGUGAUAGCAAAUGGGUCAAAGGUCAUCGUUGCACUAAACUGCCGCAAUUGUCUCUUCUCAUCUUUGACAAAGAACAUUCCGACCCUACAUUAGACCCACCUAAUAAUCCUUUUGCUGACUCAAUAGAAGAACCACCACCGGUUGAGGAUAACCCUAUAGCAUCUAUCAGAUACAUGGCUUUGUCCGGCGGCCAAAUUUUGACCAUAUUGUAUUUCAUCGGCUCUGUGAAUGGCAACACAAUGCAGGUACUUUUGGAAGGGGUAGUACUCAAAACUUCAUACACCCUAGAAUAGACAUAUUUCUUAAUAUCCCAAUUGAAUAUUCAUUCAAAUCUUCAGUUAUGGGUGGAAACGGAAGUCGCUUGAAAUGUUUGGGCGUCAUCAAGGCCUUGUUUUUAACAAUUCAAUACUACACUCUUACAGAGGACUUCUUCGUCAUUGAGUUCACAGGUGCUGAUAUUGUUUUAGGAGUAAUUUGGCUGGCAACUUUGGGUCGCACCGUUAUUGACUAUGCCACCCGAGUAUUUGAGUUCCAGGCCUAAGGUCAACAGGUCAAUUGGACCGGCAAUGCUAUCCCAGUUGCGAAACAAGUCCAAUUGCAUGCACAUCACUGGCUCAAAUCCACAAACUCUUUUUCUUGUUUCUUCCAAUUAAACCUAGUGUCGCAUACAUAUUCUUUUUCUACUGACCUACCACCUGACCUCAAUAACCUUCUUGAUGCUUAUUAUAAUAUCUUUGAUCAAUCUGCAUCCCUACCUCCCUCUAGACCAUAAGACCACUAAAUACCUCUCUUACCAGGUUCAACACCCAUUAAUGUGCAGCUAUAUUGUUACCCUCAUUUCCAGAAAAUAGAAAUAGAACGUCUCAUUGUUGAAUGUUACAAUCAAGUAUCAUACGGCCAAGGUUAAGUUCGUACUCAUCUCCUGUUUUUCUCGUUCGCAAGAAGGAUUGUACUCGGCAUUUUUGUGUUGAUUACCAGGCAUUGAACUCUAUCACCAUAAAGGAUCAAUUUCCAAUUCCUACUAUUGAUGAACUAUUUGAUGAGUUAUACGGUGCUUAUUUCUUUUCCAAAUUGGACUUACUGCCUAGGUAUCAUCAAAUCAGAGUUCACAUGUAUGAUAUUGAGAAAACAACCUUUCGCAUGCACGAAGGCUACUAUGAAUUCAUUUUUAUGCCUUUUGGUUGAACCAACGCACCAUCUAGCUUUCAGGCUACUAUGAAUUCCAUUUUUAAGCCAUUUCUUCAUCGAUUUGUACUCGUCUUCUUAGACAAUAUUUUGAUAAACAUCAAUUCAUGGUCUGCUCAUCUUCGACACGUCGAAUUAGUGUUUAACUUGCUCAGCAAACACACUUUAGUUGUCAAAAUCUCCAAGUGCAAGUUCGGACAUGCCUCCAUUGACUAUCUUGGCCACAUCAUCUCGGCGAAAGGCCUUCAAGUCCAUCCCUCAAAAAUCGAAGUCAUCAAUGAGUGGCCUACUCCUUCCUCUGUCUAGGAGGUACGAGGAUUUCUAGGUCUUACCGAUUAUUAUUGUUGCUUUGUUAAAGUCUAUGCUCAAUUAGCAUCUCCACUAACGGAUAUUCUAAAAAAAGAUGCUUUCCGGUGGACUGAGGUCGAGAAUACUGCUUUUCUACGAUUAAAAUAAUACUUUGAGCACUAUCCCAAUCUUAUGUUGGCCGAACUUUCAAAAGGUUUUUUUGAUGGAAACUGAUGCCUCUAGUACUGGCAUGGGAGCAAUAUUGUCUCAAGAUCGUCACCCAAAUGCAUUUUUUAGCCAGAAACCCUCUCCUCACAUGCAAGUUGAGUCCACCUAUCAUCGCGAAAUGUUCUCAAUCACUCAGACAGUACAAAAAUGGAGUCAACUUUCGGGUCGCAAAUUGUUAAUCUUGACGGAUCAACAACCUCUUAAGUCCCUCACCAAUCAAGUAAUCCAGACCCUGGAACAACAAUAAUGGCUUUGCAACUCAUUGGCUAUGACUUUGAUAUCAUUUAUAGACCAGAAGAACUUAAUUCUACUAUUGAUGCCCUUUCAUGCAUCCCUACUUCUCAAUAUUUCUCCAUUGCUUUCACUGAAUUUGCCUUGCUGGAUAGGUUGCAAAAUUUAAACAAGUCUGAUCCUACACUAUUGGAGCUUCGGCGUCAACGGGAGAAUGACCCUGUUCUCUUCCUUAUUUAUCCUUCCACGAGAGACUCUUAUUCUAUCGCAAUAGGUUGGUAGUUCCACCGAAACAGGAUAUUCGCCACCUUUUGCUUCAUGAAUUUCAUUCUUCGAAAAUUGGAGGCCAUUCAGGGAUUCCUCGCACCUUCCAUACAUUAUCAUCCAAUUUUUAUUGGCAAGGCAUGCGCGCGGAUGUUAAGAAAUUUGUUCAGGAAUGCCAAGCAUGCCAACAAAUGAAGGAUUCUUCUUUGAAGCCAGUAGGGUAGCUUCAGUGUCUUCCCCUACCAGUGCAAAUCUUCGAGGAAAUCUCAAUAGACUUUAUCACAGGCUUACCCUCGUCCAAUGGCCGUACAACGAUUCUGGUAAUUGUGGACAGACUCUCUGAGUAUGGCCACUUUGUUGCUCUGCCUCAUAACGUUUCUUCGCAAAAGGUUGCUGAAUUCUUCAUCCAAGAAUAUAUCAGACUUAGUGGGUUUCCUUCCAUUAUCAUCACUAACAGGGACCCCAUUUUCUUAUCUGAUUUUUGGAAAGAAAUCAACUGACUCCAUUGUACUCAAUUGGCCAAAGGUUUAGCACAUCACCCUCAAACCAACGGCCAAACUGAAGCUCUAAACAAGUGUUUAUAAAUGUAUCUUCCCCUCUUGGCUGCAUACCCCUGCUGCUUGGUCUAAACUAUUUCCUUGGGCUGAAUUUUGGUACAACACUUCCUUUCAAAACAGCUCCAAAUUGACUCCUUUCGAGGUCUUGUAUGGUAGACCUCCACCCUCUAUUAUCCGAUUUGUGGUUGAUUCCUCUAGUAAUCCAGCUGUGGUGGAAUCUUUUCGAUAACGCGAUGAGACAUUAGCCCUCCUCAAAGACAAUCUCAAAGUAUCCCAAGAUAGAAUGAAGCUCCUAGCUAACAAAGGUAGGCGUGACAUUUCAUUUGCAGUAGGUGACUAGGGGUACAUAAGGUUGCCUCCAUAUUGUCAACUCUCCAUCCGAAUUCAAUGCUAUAGAAAGCUAAGCAGACGCUACUUUGGUCCAUUUCAAAUCAUCCAAAGAAUUGGAGAAGUUGCCUAUAAAUUGGACCUUCCUGUUUCAUCAAGGAUACACAACGUCUUUCAUGUGUCUGUUCUACGUAAAUGCAUUGGUCAACCUUCACAACAAGUCACCCAAUUGACUUGUUGGAUCACUCCUCUUCCAAGAUUCUGUAUCCCAAGAGUGUUUUGCAAUAUCGUGUAAUCUCCAAAGACAGCCAUCAAGUUGAUCAAUGUUUAAUCAGUUGGUGGGGAUUGUCGUCCAUUGAGGCUACUGGGAAGACACUUUAUCUAUCUAACGCACUUCCUGAGAUAAACCUUGGGGACAAGGUUCAACUUCAAGGGGAUGGUAAUGUAACGAAUUACACUGAAGUCCAGACGGGGCAGAGGCGUAGCAGCAGGAUAGUACAUCCACCAAAAUACAUAGACAACUUUAUGGUCCCUACAAAGGACAAGGCUGCAAUUUUCGUUAGAGAUAAAGCAACAGCAUGAGGCACAUAAGGAGGAGUCUACUAUAUAAAUGAGGAGGAGACUCGUAUGUAGGUUUUAUGGAAAAUGAGUCUUAUUUUUUAUCAUUAUCAUAGGUUUUGUUAGCUCUGAAAUCUCCCUCUUUUUGCUAUUUUCUUCUUUAUUUCUCUUUCGUUGAUGCUGCUAUCAUUCAAGUCAGUAUUGGUUCCUUGAGUCUGUAAUCAUUUGGUUUAGGCUACUACAAGUUUAUACUAGUGAUACUCACUACACUUCAAACAAAUGCAGCAGGAUCAUACGACAUCACGCAAAGUAUGAGUGUGCAAUUAAUAAAGUGGGAUAACCUCGAGAGGUAAAUUAUGUAUGAUCCCAAAAAAACCUAAGUUCCAACUAAUUACCCAUUUUCGACUCUCUUGCACUAGCUUCUUACCCUCAUCCGCCCAUAAGGCAGGAACACUUUCCAAUUUGUACCACAAUCGAAUGUCGAUACAGUAAGACUACUGUAUCCAUAUUUUCCUUAAUGUGAGCUCCUUUUUCAUAUUUUUCACUACAUCUGCAAGCUAAUGUGGAGAAAUAAAUUUCUUUACCCAUGGGGUUCAUGACGCUGAAAUCCUAACUCAUAUUCCCUCACAUAUAGGAAGCAGAAAUAUUAUGAAAUCCCAAGCCUAUUUUUUAUCAUAUUUGAGUGCCGAUGUAAUGCGUGCGUAAAUGAGCACGUCCCAUCGAACAAUAUCUGUAUUAUUAGAAACCCCGUAAGAGCUCUAGCGAUCAAGAAGGCGAUUUGGAGGCGAUUUUCUCCGUGAGAGCUUUCAUGGCCUCGUCGGUGGCGACCAGCCUCCUACGGGGGUUGGUUUGCCUUCUAAUCCUAUUCUCCAGCUUGUAAACAAUAAUCCAGCCGUUAAUCCACCCCUAGAUUUCUCAAAAAUCCUUAAACCCACUUCAUUAAAUACCCUCAUUCACGUAAACCCUACUACAAAUAAUCCACCUGCUAUUUCGAUCAAACCAGUUACGUUUCUGCACGGGCAGCCUUUAGUGAAGUUUACAGAAGAAGAAGUCCAUUGUAUGAAUAUCUUUGAAGGCCUUCAGUAUCCUGUUGUUGGGAAAUUUUUGUAUGGAUGGCCUGAACUCCAAGAGUUACGCAUAAUUAUUCCUCUUCAAUGUGGUGUCAAGGGAAACGAUACUGUAUCCGUGCCCUAUCUCUUGAUCAACCUUCAAAUGGUGGUAUUAGUACUUGUUACUCAAUCCAUUGGGGGGGAAGCAAGGAUAGGCACAAACAUGGACGAAAUGGUGAUCAUGGAACUCAUGAGAGGUAUGUGCUUUUGGCAUUCAAUAAUGGGACUAAUGGAUGUAUUGUGGAGUAAAAACCCAAUGAAAUUCAUUACUACAACAUCCCAAGAAUGGCGCCAUGUAAAGGUUUCAUUUGAUUACUGCUAUACGUUACACGCAUUCCUCACCAAACAGUGCAUGCUCAACUUCGUGCACAAAUAUUGGACACUAGAGACAAUAUGGAAUGCGUGUGGUAUUGCUAUUUUUUAUGGCAAAGCAGGUACUCUUCUGGGUUAUAGACACAACGAGGAAGGAUUGCUUGAUUGUGUUUGGUCUAUCAAAUGGAACAAAUCACACGGAAAGGAGACGAGGCAGCAAAAACACGAGGCAGGUGCAUUUGGAGUGCAUCUACUGAGUGUUAGGCCAUUUGUGCAUGAUCAAUUGAGCUGUCUACACAAGGAAGAUGCAGAUGGAGCUUUGGAAUGAAUUUUACUGGAUUCACACGAAACGCAAUGCACAAAAUUAGAUUCAUUAUGCACAUGUCCAGUUUUGCAAAAGGAUAGUGGUCAAAUGCGCAACAAAGGAAUACGACAUAUGGGCCUCAACUGUGAUGACUUAUCUUGGCUAGUUUUAUAGUUCAUUUUCUUAUCUUUUUUAGAAUGCAUCAUGUACUAUCAUUGUUGAGUUCUUCGCUCAACUUUGAUAAUAGGGAAUAUGUGGUUGUCAAAGUUUAUUUCAUUCAUUUUGUAAGAUCUCAUGACGCUAUGUUUUUUAUUUUAGAUAUAUAUAAAAACUAGCCCUAGCACACUGCCU